UCCCUCGACAGACUUGGAUUCUAGGGUUUCGGCGAGCACGAAGAAACGGAGGAGUAGCCACUGCAGCCGCCGCCAUGGUGUUAAAGACUGAGCUUUGUCGAUUCAGUGGCGCGAAGAUAUAUCCCGGCAAAGGAAUCAGAUUUGUCCGUGCCGAUUCACAGGUUUUCCUGUUUGCAAACUCCAAAUGCAAGAGGUACUUCCAUAAUAGGCUGAAGCCUUCUAAGCUCACAUGGACAGCAAUGUACAGGAAGCAACAUAAGAAGGACAUUGCUCAAGAGGCUGUUAAGAAGAGGAGACGUGCUGCCAAGAAACCAUACUCAAGGUCCAUAGUGGGUGCUACAUUGGAGGUUAUCCAAAAGAAGAGAGCUGAGAAGCCCGAGGUUCGUGAUGCUGCUAGAGAAGCAGCCCUCCGUGAAAUUAAGGAGAGAAUUAAGAAAACGAAGGAUGAAAAGAAGGCUAAGAAGGCAGAAGUGAUGGCCAAAACACAGAAGACGCAGAACAAGAGUAACGUUACCAGGGGAGCUGCACCCAAAGGACCAAAACUUGGUGGUGGUGGCGGCAAACGUUGAACUUUACAUACUGCAAACUCAACAGAGUAGUUUUGAGCUUUUACGGUCUUUGAAAUAGCAAGCCCGAGUAAAAGAUAAUGUUUGAUUAUUUCCAAAAUUUUGUAUGGAUAAAUUAAUGUGGUUUACAUUUCUUCUUUCUGUUACAUUUCAUCACAUACAUCGGAGUUAUGCAUUUUGUGUUAAUUUUCUUUAUUAUGAA